AUGGAAUGUUUAAAAAUAUAUUCCGGUGAAAUAGAAGAAAUAACCGAUUUGAUUAUACACUAUUUACGACAUGAUAUAAAAUCACUUCAUUCGUGCAUUUUAGUCAAUCAAAUUUUAUGUCGGGUUACAAUUCCCAUACUUUGGGAGGAUCCUUUUUCCGUGAUAUGUCCAAGAGGUUAUUCUUAUAACCUUCUUGAUACUUAUUUGAAAUACUUAAGUCAAGAUGAUAAAGAAAAAUUAAAGGAACUUGGAAUUAUAAUUCAUUCACCCACAUUUAAAAGACGUUUAUUUAAUUAUCCAGGAUUUAUUAAAGUAUUGAAUAUAACACGAGUCGAAGUAUAUAUAGUCAGUUGGCCACUUCUUAAUGAUCCUUCUCCAUUAAAGUUAAGAUCUUUAAAAGGUGUUGGGUUGUUCCCAGGAAUUGCCAUAUCAAUUCAAUUGGUCGGUCCUUAUUUGGAAUAUUUGGAAUUAACAUUUCUUGAAGAUCCUGCGAGGAACGUGGCUUUAGAGAGCAUCAUAAAACAUUGUGACAAGAUCAUAUUUUUAAGUUUAUCAUGUUUUGAUGAAAAGGAUGCUCAUUUAUGUAACAAGAUCAUUCACAUGAAUAAUCACUUAAGGUAUCUUACUAUUGAAAAUGAACCUUUUAGCUACAAUCGGACAGAUUCAGGUCUUUUAAAGAAAUUGAAAAUCUUACCAAAUAGAUUGGAUUACUUAAAUUUAAAAUUUACAUUUGAUCCGAAUGACUUGAAAUUAUUUUUGGAUAAUUGCAAGCAUCUUGUUGGUUUAAAGAAUUUAUUAGUUAGAAACUACAGUUGCUAUGAUGGUAUCGACACUUUUAAACUCUUGAAAAAUUUGUAG